AAAAAAUCGUUCUCCCUUUUAUUUGCUUUCUCUGUAAUUUCUCUAUUCAAGGCACACGUAAAAUUAAGAUUCAAAAAAAUCAUAACAUUGUAUUGUUCAAAAUGUCACAUGAAUGUUUAACAUGCGACAAAAAAUUCCAGAUUUCAUGUCAAGCGACAUGUUAUCACUGGAUCUGUGGAACAUGUAUGAUGUAUAUUUGGAUGUGGCGAGAUUUUGAGCGCUGCAAAUGUCCAAUUUGUGAUAAACCCGUCGAUUUUUUGAUUCCAACGUUAAAGAACAAAUCUCGUCAAAACCCUCAAGUUUUGGCUAAAAUACAUGCUUACAACCAUAUGUUUGGUCCUAUAUCUAACUUUCCAUUUUUCUUUCUUUAUCAUGUGCUUUUUAGGGAUCUUCUUACCAAUAAUGUAUCCUCUACUAUUCUUUUGAAUGCUGGAUUCUUCAUUAGUUUUACAAUGAAUCUUGCGUACAUGUUAAGCCCUUUAAGAGAGAAAUUUGGAAUAAUAAUAGUUUAUCUAUUAUGGCUAAUCUGGUUAUCACGUACUGCUUCUGUCUAUAAAUCGGAACUUUGCAUCCGUCACGGUGGUAAUUUUAGAGGGUGGAAAAUUAUAACAUGAGAGGGUGAAGUAGAGCCUAUUAGAUUUGAAGAUUCAAAUGAAAUUUCAUUCACAAAUAUUCAAAUGAUAUACGGUAUCUGUCUCUGCAGAUAAUAUAUUUAUAAUGUUUUUAACAUA